UGACUUUUUCCUGGUCUUUCCAAAACUCUACUACACAGCCUGCCUAAAAAAAAGUUCCUCAUAAAGGUACAAACCCGUCUUCGCUGCGGCGCUGCCUUUGAAAUCUCUCUAUUCUCGCUCUGACCAUGGCUGGAGCCACAGUCUCUCCGACACCUCUGCUGAAGGAUGAGCUGGACAUCGUGAUCCCCACUAUUCGGAACCUCGACUUCCUGGAGAUGUGGAGGCCGUUCUUCCAGCCCUACCACUUGAUCAUAGUCCAGGAUGGGGACCCGUCGAAGGUUAUCAAAGUCCCCGAAGGCUUCGACUACGAGCUCCACAACCGCAACGAUAUCAACAGGAUUCUGGGUCCCAAAGCUUCCUGCAUUUCGUUCAAGGACUCCGCCUGCCGCUGCUUCGGUUACAUGGUCUCCAAGAAGAAGUACAUCUAUACAAUCGACGAUGAUUGCUUUGUUGCUAAAAAUCCAUCUGGGAAGGACAUUAAUGCACUUGAGCAGCACAUAAAGAACCUUCUGACUCCAUCAACUCCAUUUUUCUUCAACACCCUGUAUGACCCAUACCGAGAAGGUGCAGAUUUUGUCCGUGGGUAUCCAUUCAGUCUACGUGAAGGUGCCCCAACAGCUGUUUCUCAUGGUCUCUGGCUCAAUAUCCCAGAUUAUGAUGCUCCCACCCAGCUUGUCAAGCCACUUGAGAGAAACACAAGGUAUGAAAGAUCCUUUGCAUACAAGAAUCUCUGUUUCCUGUUUACAGAACUCUUUAUUCCAAAGCCUUUGUUUGUCAGAUAUGUGGAUGCAGUUCUGACAAUACCUAAGGGAACUCUAUUCCCCAUGUGUGGCAUGAACCUGGCAUUCAACCGUGAAUUGAUUGGCCCUGCAAUGUACUUUGGACUCAUGGGUGAUGGCCAGCCAAUUGGACGCUAUGAUGAUAUGUGGGCUGGCUGGUGCAUGAAGGUGAUAUGUGAUCAUUUGGGAUUUGGAGUCAAGACUGGUCUGCCAUAUAUCUGGCACAGCAAAGCAAGUAACCCUUUUGUGAACCUGAAGAAAGAAUACAAGGGAAUCUACUGGCAAGAAGAGCUGAUUCCUUUCUUCCAAUCUGUUAUCCUUCCAAAGGAUUGCACCACUGUGCAGAAAUGCUACGUUGAAAUCUCCAAGCAAGUCAAGGCUAAACUUGGUAAGGUGGAUGAAUACUUUAACAAGCUGGCUGAUGCCAUGGUCACAUGGAUUGAAGCUUGGGAUGAGCAAAACCCUUCCGAAGGAGUUGUAGCAAAUGUUCCUGCAAAAUAGAUUUUUGGCUGUCGUCGCUAUCACUGUUGACAGCCCUAGGCUUCUACCUUUAUCCAAGCUUUUUGCAUUGAAGAUAGUUGAGUUUUUUUUAUUUAGCUUGUUGGGGGGAUUCUUCUAUUCAGCAUGGUACUAUAUGACGUUAGAACAAUAAAAGAUAAUGGAUUUUGUAUGUCUAUAGAUUGUGCCUUGGCUAUUUUAUUUGAAAAUGAUUGAGAUUAUAGUCUUCGUGAAUGUUAAUGGCAUAUUUGGUUGGUUCA